AUGGUUCAGCAGUGCAACACGCGUCCCGCCUGGGACCCCCUGCCUACCCCUCCGCUCACUAAUUUUCCUCACGAGCUGCCCAAUCUCCUCCCCACGUCCCUCACGAGCUGCCCAAUCUCCAUCUACAGUAGACUCCAUGGGACCUUCUCCGGCGUCUCUGAGGGCUUCGCCAGUCCGGCCGUCCGCCGCCACGGCAGGGAUGACCGAGGGAUCGGGUCCUGCGUCUCCGGCCCGCCGUCGGCUGCCACGAUCACGACCAGAUGCGUCACGAAGCCGGCGGCUAGCUCCGCCCCGCCCACGCCCGCGGCCGUCGCCGCGAGCGCCGCCCCCGCCCGGCCACGGCUCGCCCCGCCCGGCGGCCUCCGCCCGCGUCCCGGCAGGCCACGCCCGGCCAUGGCUCGCCGAGGCCACGCCGGCGGCCAGCUCCGUCCCGCCCACGCCCGCGCCCGUCGCGGCGACCGCCGCCCCGCCCGGCCACGGCUCGCCCCGCCCGGCGACAACCGUGCCCCCGCCUGCCCGCCCGUGGCCGAGCUGCAGCUGCUGCCUGGCCGGGCCUGCUCGCCCGUGCCCACGAGUGGCCGACGCGGCCGGCGGCGUGCCCGCCCGUGCGUGCCCGACGCGGCCGGAGUCGAGGGCGCCGCCGCCACUCACCGCCGGCCGCCUUCCACGUCCUCGAGCGCCUCAUCGGACGACCUGCACCGCCUCCUCCGUCCACCUCUCCUCCAUCGACCUGCAAUUCCUCCCCCCAGCCACGCUUCCGCAGGUCGGCCUGCACCACCUCCUCUGCCAGACCUGCAGCGUGGUCGACCUGCACCACCUCCUCUGGCCGACCUACAGCGCUUCAGCCACCGUGGCCAGCCUGCACCAUCUCCUCUGGCCGACCUGCAGCACCUCAACCACCACGGAAAACAGCAGCUCAUCACCUCGCGGUGGCGCCUCGACCCUACCGGGUGGUCGGCCCACACUCGACGACCUGCAGCGCCGCCGGAGCGCGUAGGAGCGUGGCCGGCCAGGGAGAAAGCCCGCAGCAUGGCAUGGCAGAGUUGGAGUGGUGCACGAGCUGACGGGAUUCUAUUUUCUCUCUGGUGGCUCAUACCAGAUCAGUUGAGGUGGCCAUACAACCUCUUCUCUAAUUUCCGGUGACACUCUUGCCGUGCUGCUGGAGUUGUCCACGGAUUGCCCAUUUUUGCAUUCGGCCGCCAGUGACAUGGGUUUUUUUUUAGUUUGGCUGGUACAUG